GCAUGGACUUAUGGGUAAAGACGGUCACUGUUUCAGCACGGCGCCAUUUUCGGCUGUAGGCACUGUUUUGGGAAGUUACUGUUUUAGUCUUAAAAUAGUUUGAUUUGUAGGAAAUAAUAAUGGGACGAAAAAAGAAGAAGCAGAUGAAACCUUGGUGCUGGUACUGCAACAGAGACUUCGAUGAUGAAAAAAUACUCAUUCAACAUCAGAAGGCGAAACACUUCAAGUGCCACAUUUGUCAUAAAAAGCUGUACACUGGACCUGGUUUGGCUAUACAUUGUAUGCAGGUGCACAAAGAAACAAUUGAUGGGGUGCCCAACGCCAUUCCGGGGAGAGUGGACAUAGAGCUGGAAAUCUACGGCAUGGAAGGCAUUCCGGAAAAAGACAUGCAAGACAGACGGCGGGUUCUUGAGCAGAAGACACAAGAAAACCAGAAGAAGAAAAACCAGGAUGAGUCGGAUGAGGAGGACGAUGAUGAGGCUGGACCUUCCUUUCAGCAACCGGUCGCUCCGCCACAGCCUGCCUACGUUCCCCCAAUGACUCAGCCUGGCAUGAUGCCUGGCACCAGACCACAAGGCAUGCCCCCCGCCAACUACUCAGGAAUGCCCCCCAUGAUGCCCGGGAUGCCACCUAUGAUGCCCGGAAUGCCACCAUCCAUGCCAGGCAUGCCACCAGGGAUGAUGGCCAUGGGCGGGAUGAUGCCGCCUGGUCCUGGUAUGCACCAUAUGAUGGCAGGAAUGCCGCCGGGUAUGGCCCAACAUAUGGUCCGUCCCGGAAUGCCCCCCAUGGGCCAAGCUGCCCCAGGCGCAGUGCCUGGAAUGCCCACCAGGCCUGCGGUGCCUCCCAACCCCACUCCAUCUGCUGUCUCUAAACCCCUGUUCCCCAGCGCUGCUCAGGCACAGCAGACGUCAUCGGGGCCGCCCUCUUCGGCACCCUCCACAGAGGCCCCCAAACCUACAUUCCCUGCCUACACCCAGGGCUCCUCCUCCUCCUCUUCCUCGCCUGCCAUCCCCCCUAGCAGCACCGUGGCCAAGCCCCCCGCCACGGCCUCAAGUAAGCCUGCCACCCUCACCACCACGAGUGCAACCAGUAAGUUGAUGCAUCCAGAUGAGGAUAUCUCACUGGAGGAACGACGGGCGCAGCUGCCUAGGUACGUCCGGCUCAUGCCGCGUCCCGGCCAGGCUGGCAUGGCCGCCGCUCCCGCUGGAGCUGUGCCUGGCAUGAUGCACCCUCAGCAGGGCAUGCCCCCACAGCAGCCUGGCAUGAGGCACCCCAUGCACGGUCAGUACGGCACGCCGCCGCAGGGGAUGCCCGGCUACAUGCCCGGCGGAAUGCCCCCGUAUGGACAGGGUGCACCCAUGGUGCCGUACCAGGGGGGUCCGCCGGGGUCCUCCAUGGUGAUGAGGCCUCCGGUCAUGUCACCCGGGGGGCGAUACUGAUGAUGUCUACUGUCUCGCUAGGUUUGGAGGUUUCAAGUUUUUCCCCAUCUAGUGUUUUUAAAUUAGCCAAACCAAUGAACUGUGUUUGAAAAACGAAUGCAAAUGAAGAGGAAAGACUGGGACUCUCAUCAGCCAUGGCAUCCAGUGGAUCAGGGGAGAGAAGAACUCUUCAGGUUGAUGCAUGUGUGGCUUCUUUUCUCUCCUUCAGGUGGUUCAAAGACAGUGUAGUGCAAAUGAUAGUCUAUUGCAGCCCCCUCCCCCCCUCUCCCCCUUGGAGUAGCGCGACAGUACCACCGUUAUCAAGGCAAGUUCAACCAGUGGAAUGUGUAUUUUAUUCUUAGGUGAAGCCUUCACAGCACAGUUUAAGUGCUGUUGGACUUAGGGUCCCCAACGUUAUGCUUGGUGAGGGCUUCUGGCUGAUAGUUCAUUUUUGUUGUCUCCUGUAUGCAUUCAUUCAGGGUUUAAAUACAAGGUUAAAUGUCUAUACCUCUGUACUGUUUUCUUUUUUUGGAUAAUGGAUUGUAAUAAACUUUGUUUAAUUUGG